AUGUCAGAACGAAUACAUAAGGUUGAUUCGGAGGUACUGCGACUUCUUGUACCUCAGAGUAAGACAAUUUCUUUAAGUUCGACAGUCAGAGAGGUAAUUCAAAAUUCAGUAGAUGCAAAAUCGACAACCAUUAAAAUAUUUGUGAAUUUUGAGUCCCAUUCAUUUUUAGUAAGUGACAAUGGCCAUGGUAUGUCUCCAGAAAGCUUGGACAACCUUGGAGAUGAUAAUGUUACUUCAAAGAUCACUUCUUUAGAGGAUAUUCGAAAUGUAGAUACCUAUGGGUUUCGAGGAGAAGCACUGAGUAAUAUUUCAAAACUUUCUCAAUUAACUAUUUCUUCUAAAUGUACAGCUUAUAAUUCUACAUGGAUUAAAAAGAUGCCUUUAAGAGCUACAAUGCUAACAGAAGAGGUAACCAAUUCAGAUAGUACAGCUUUUAAUCUAAUCCCAAAAGGCAUUUAUGAAACAGGAACUUCAGUUUUAGUGGAAACUAUUUUUUAUAAUUUACCCGUUAGAAGAAACAUGGCUUUAGAUAUACCUAAAUACUCUAUUAUAAAUGAUAUCAAAGAAGAAAUUUUCCAAAUUUCCAUAUUUCAUCCAAAUAUAGGUAUUUCAUUUAAUGAGGUGAUUUCAAAUAACACUAAAAGUCUGUUAAAUAUUCUUCCCGCCAACAAAUACUGUGAGUUCGAAUUGUUGACUGUCAGGUUCAGAAAUGUUUAUCAAUCCCCAGUAUCAUUGAAUUCCUUUAAAAGGGUUAGCAUAAAGUUUCGGGAGUAUACUAUAAAUGGUGUUAUUUCUAAGGAAGCAGUUUCAUCCAAAAGGAUGAAAUUUGUUUAUAUAAAUGGAAGAAAGUACAGCAACCAGGGUCUCUUCAAGUCUAUUGACAAUAUCAGUCAAUCUUCAGGCUUUGGCCACAAUAAAGAUUCAGAGACUUCCCCAACAAAAUCAUCGAGAAAAUUAUAUUCCAAAUAUAUGGCUUUAAUUUUGACUAUCUCGUGUCCUCCAUCUUUGAGUGAUUGUUUACAAAAUUCAGAAAAGGUUAUUGAAAUUUCAACUCAUUCUACAAUUAUCGAUACUCUAAUUACCAAAAUUAUUCAGCGAUUUCUCCGAUACCAAGGUUAUACAUGCGCUUCGAAUACAAUUUCUGAGACUGAUAUCAAUGUAUCUUAUGAAAACAAAAUACAUAAAAGCCUGCUACUCGAGAGCUUAUCAAAAGAUACCCUUUCUUCAAUGUUCACCUCAAAAUCAAUUAGUGCUAGAAUUCAACCGAAUGAAAUUGAAGGUAGAUACCAGAAUCAUAAAAACGUCAAAAAGAUACACAAGAACUACUCAUUGAAACCUACAAGGGUAUUCAAACAAGAUAAUACUUUAGAGAAAUUGCAAAAGAAUAUCUCCAGCAUUCCUGGCAGUUCAUUCCUAGAUAUCUUUGACAUAAGUAGAUAUAAUGGCGACUCGCAAAAUAUCGAUAUCACUGAAUUUAACCUAGAUCGCUUAGACCUAAUGGAUUGUAAGCUAAUUAAUCAAUUAGAUCGAAAGUUUAUUCUUCUGAUAUUGCCAACUAAUAUUAAGAGGAGUAAUCCAAUUCUGCUAUUAAUCGAUCAGCAUGCAUGUGAUGAAAGAAUAAAAUUAGAGGAAUACCUAAAGGAAUAUUUGACAUCUGUUCGAUCUAAAACUGUCACUACUAGAAAGAUCAAAGAAAUAAAAUUCCUUAUUACUGAGUCCGAGAAUCAUCUAUUUGAAUAUUAUAGAAAAGAGUUUCAAUAUUGGGGGAUAGAGUAUGAAGUGUGUUAUGAUGUUGAGUUUUCUUCGUAUUUGAAGUUAAUUCAAUUACCAGACAGUAUUUACGACAAGUUGAAAAUUGAUGGACCUCAAGUAAAGGCGGCUCUUUUACAGCAUAUUUAUGAGUUGAAAGAUUUUAAAAAGUUUUCAGUAAAUAAGAUGUUUGAUGAUAAUGGUAAAGAUAAGAAACUUGAUUUUGAAUGGUGGAAGUAUAUUCGUUAUAUACCAAUAAUUCUUCUGGAAUUAUUCAAUAGUAGAGCAUGUAGAAGUGCUAUUAUGUUUGGCGAUAAACUUGAUAAAGAAGAAUGUAGAAUAUUAAUACGACAGCUGUCUGAUUGCCAUUUCCCAUUCCAAUGCGCUCAUGGAAGACCGUCAACCAUACCAUUGGCUGAAUUGAAGGAAAAGUCAUAUAAUGAUGUAACUGAUACAAAAAGUUUUGGAGGUUGUAAUUUCGACUAUGAGAUUGAAAGUUCAUCUGGAGGAUAA